UUGUACAUUGACAGAAUUUGCUGGAGAAACUCAGAAGGUCUGGCAGCAUCUGUGGAGAGAAAGCAGUGUUAAUGUUUGGAGUCCCUUCGUCAGAACUGUGAUCUGUGACGGUCCCAAGCUGUAAACACUGCUCAGCGAGAUCACCCCUGAAGCAAAGGCAGGCACAGCGGCGAUGUGUUAGUGCCCGGGACUGAGCGCCGUCUCCGGGAAGAUGGUCACCUAUACAGUGACAGUGGCUACAGGGAGCCAGUGGUUUGCAGGCACAGAUGAUUAUGUUUACCUGACCCUGCUGGGAACUGAAGGUUGCAGCGAGAAAACCCUUUUGGAUAAACCCCUCUACAAUGACUUCGAGCGAGGAGCGGUAGACUCGUAUGAUAUGACAGUGACAAAUGAUAUUGGCGAAAUCCUGUUGGUGAAGAUUGAGAAGCGUAAAUACUGGGUGCAAGAUGACUGGUAUUGUAAAUACAUCACUGUAAAAACUCCCAAUGGUGAUUACAUGGAGUUCCCAUGUUACCGAUGGAUUACUGAUCACAAGGAAAUCGAGCUACGGGAUGGACACGCCAGAUUAUCACGCGAUGACCAGACUCAAAUUGUCCGACAACACCGCCGCAGAGAACUCGAGGAGAGGCAGAAGAUGUACAGAUGGAAGGAAUGGCACCCAGGCUUCCCACUGAGUAUCGACGCCAACUAUCACAGUGAGCUCCCCCGUGACAUCCAGUUUGACAGCGAGAAAGGAGUUGACUUUGUCCUGAACUACUCCAAAGCGAUGGAGAAUCUGUACGUGAAUCGGUUUAUGCAUAUGUUUCAAUCUUCAUGGAGUGAUUUUGCAGACUUUGAGAAGAUUUUUGUUCGCAUCAGCAACACAAUUUCAGAGUACGUCAUGCAGCACUGGCAGGAGGAUUUCAUGUUUGGAUACCAGUUCCUGAACGGAUGCAAUCCCGUCGUCUUCCAGAAAUGCAACAGAUUGCCGGAGAAAUUCCCCGUCACCAAUGAAAUGGUGCAGAUCUGCCUGGAGCGGCAAAUGACACUGGAAGAAGAGAUCGAGAAAGGAAACAUUUACCUGGCAGACUACGAGGUGAUGGAUGGAAUUCCUGCGAACUGCACUGAUCCCUGCACCAUCCAGUACCUGACAGCACCCCUGUGCCUGCUGUACAAUAAUGCCCAAAAUAAACUGGUGCCCAUCGCAAUCCAGCUGAAACAAGAACCUGGGCCAGAUAAUCCCAUAUUCCUCCCCACUGACAAUAAGUAUGAUUGGUUGUUGGCAAAAAUAUGGGUGCGGUCAACAGACUUUCACGUUCAUCAGACUGUCACCCAUCUCCUGAAGACUCACCUUAUGUCGGAGGUGUUUGGUAUAGCUCUGUAUCGACAGCUCCCAGCUGUUCACCCUCUGUUCAAGCUCUUGGUGCCUCAUGUUCGAUUUACCAUUGCAAUUAACACCAAAGCAAGGGAGCAGCUGAUCUGUGAGUGUGGCCUCUUUGACAAGGCGAACGGCACAGGAGGAGGGGGUCACGUUCGAAUGGUUCAACGAGCCAUGUCUGAACUCAACUAUAAAUCCUUCUGCUUUCCUGAGAGCAUCAAGAUGCGUGGGCUAGACAACACUGAGGCUCUUCCUUAUUACUACUACAGGGAUGAUGGCCUGAGAGUCUGGGAAGCUGUCCAGAGUUUUGUCACCGAAGUGGUGAACAUCUAUUAUGAUAAUGAUGAGGCUGUUCAGACAGACCAGGAACUGCAGGCCUUUGUGAAGGAUGUCUUUGUGUACGGUCUGAAGGACAACAAAAGCACAGGCUUUCCCAAAACAAUCAAGACAAUUGAGAAGCUUAUUGAGUAUCUGACUGUGGUCAUCUUCACCGCCUCUGCUCAACACGCUGCUGUCAACUUUGGCCAGUAUGACUGGUGUUCAUGGAUCCCGAACUCUCCUCCCACAAUGCGGCAGCCCCCACCUUGCCAGAAAGGUGUUGUGAAUGUGGAGUACAUCAUUGAGAGUCUGCCAGACAGAGGGCGCUCAUGCUGGCAUCUGGGUGCUGUAUGGGCACUCAGCCAGUUUCAGGACAAUGAGCUGUUCCUUGGAAUGUAUCCAGAUGAACACUUCAUAGAAAAACCUGUCAAGGAAGCUAUCCGGAAUUUCCAAAUGCACCUUCAAGAAAUUUCAAAUCGUAUUGCAGAACGCAAUAAAAAUAAGAAGCUUCCAUAUUACUACUUCUCUCCAGAUAGAAUACCCAAUAGUGUAGCAGUCUAAGGGUCUGAUGUACCUCAAACAGAGAGAGAAAGAGACACAGAAAGAGAAAGAGAGAGAGAGAAUAUGGUCAAAUGGAAUAGGCAGAAAAUCUCCACUUCGUGCUUUACAUGUUUUGCAAUCGGCUCCUUGUGUGAAAAUCAUCACUUCUGAUUUUUGAAUCAUCUUCUGCUUAAAGCAAUGAUGAGAAUAUGAGGCUUUAGCACAGUCAGGCUUUGAUGUAUUGCAUGCAGGCAACCCUAUUUUAACCCUGACAAUCCCUCACCCUCACUCCUGGACAUAAAUCUCCCCAGAUUAACCUCAGCACUAAUCUGGGUCUAUGAUUAUUUUAAUUCGCCUCCUGGUUUGUAACAUUUUAAACUUAUUUCAUCUUUUGGAACAAAGUGUUUAAGGCCCAUUCCUAUUUGUCCCUGGAAAGAUGGUGAGAAGGUGGCCGUCUUGAUCACUGCAGUUUUUGACGCAAAAGUGUUUCUUGUUAUGAGGGAUGUCCCAGGAAUUUGACCUGACAAAAAUGAAGGGGUGAAGACAUUUAUCCAAAUUGGCUGCACGUUGGUUCAGUGGUUAGCAUUGCAGCCUCAUGGGACCAGGAGCCAAGGUUCGAUCCCACCUUUGGGCAACAGUCUGUGUGCAGUUUGCACAUCUGCAUCUUUUUCUUCAGUGUGCUUCGGUUUUCUCCCACAGUCCGAAGGUGUGCAGGCUAAGUGGAUUGGCCAUGCUAAAUUGCCUGUAGUGUCCAGGGAAGUGCAGGCUAGAUGGAUUAGCUUGGUGAAGUGUGGGUUAUAAGGUACAGGGAGGUGGGUCUGGGUAGGAUGCUCUUCAGAGGGUUGGUGUGGACUCGAUAAGCCACAUGGCCUGUUUUCACACUGUUUGGAUUCUGUGAUUCUAAAUCAAGAUGACAUGUAGAUCAUGGAGAGACUAGCAGGUACUCGGCGUCUUAUGACAUUAUUGACCUCAUCCUCACUGACAACUGUUGCCAAGUUGACGAAUGCUUAAAAACAAAGCAAAACAAUAAUCCUUUGUCAACAAGACAUGCUUCUUUAGCCAGGCAUGAUUUGGAGAUGCUGGUGUUGGACUGGGGUGUACAAAGUUAAAAAUCACACAACACCAAUUUAUAGUCCAACAGGUUUAAUUGGAAGCACACUAACUUUUGGAGCAUUGCUCCUUCAUCAGGUGAUAGUGGAGGGCUCAAUCCUAACACACAGAAUUUAUAGCAAAAAUUUACAGUAUGAUAUAACUAAAAUUAUACGUUGAAAAAUUGAUUGUCUGUUAAACCUUUCAUCUGUUAGAAUACCGUGACAGUUUCACUUCUUUCAUGUAUAAAUGGAAGUUUUAAAACCUGAGAAUGGAACUUUUUUAAAAAAAGGUUUUGAGAUUUACAAUGGGAAAGGCUGUAAGCAUUAGGAAUAGGAAGGAGUGAUAUGGAGCGAUGGAUAAGAGGCCCAGAGUAAACAACAGCAAAUGGGUUAGAUCUGUAUCUCAUGCCUAAACCCUCAACAAAUUUCCCUUUGUUGAAAUGGCCAUCUCAUGACAUAUACAAAAUUAGUGGGAAGGAAUCCUCUGUCACAGGAUUGGAUGUUACUGGCUGGGCCAACAUUGAUUGUGAGUCCCUAAUUGCCCUUGAGCUGUGUAGCUUGCUAGUCCAUUUCAGAGGGUAGUUAAAAGACAACAAUAUUACUGUGAGUCUGGAGUCACAUGUAGACCAAACCAGGUAAGGAUAGCAGUUUCCUUCUUUAAAAGACAGAAAUUAACCAAAUACUUUUUUUUUACAUCAAUCCAUGAUAGUUGAUAUGGUCACCAUCACUGAGACUAGUUUUUAAUUUCAGAUUUACUUAUUUAAUUUAAAUUCUGUUAGCUGCCUUGUGGGAUUUGAACCCACAAUCCCAGAGCAACAGUCUGGGUUUUUGGAAUCCCAGUCCAAGGACAUUAUCAUCAUGUCAUCGCCUUCAGUGUGAACAGGUGCUUCCUAACUUCAUCCUGAACCCCCUCCACCCAGCGCUUAAUCAUAAAAUUCUGCUCAGAUGUCCUCGUCUGUUCACCAGUUCAUCGUAGAACAUAGAACGUUACAGCGCAGUACAGGCCCUUCGGCCCUCGAUGUUGCGCUGACCUGUCAUUAAAAUCUGAAGCCCAUCUAACUUAUGCUGUUUCAUGUACGUCAUCAUCUAUAACCAAGGCAGAGUAAAAUCCCUGGGACCAUUCUGGUGAAGCAGUAUUGCAGAUCCAAAAGGCAAUCUGUCCCUUCCUGAGAAAUAGCACCCAAAUCUAUAAACAGCCCUUUAGAUUGGGUUAAACCAGAGCUGGCUAAAUCAGUAGUGUGACCAUUACCUCUCUCUGUAUCCCAUCUCCUUAACUUUAAAAAAAAUUCUUGUGUUAAUUCCACUCUCUGUGCCUGUUCGCUCAUUCUGAGUGUAUUCUUUAACUCUAUCUACUUCUCCCAUUUGCAAGCUUCUGAACAUUUAGAAAUUCCUUUCGGCCAAUCAAGAAGAGAACAGAAUAGCUGACCUCGUACUUGUUGAUAUUUAAUUCCAUCUGUUUUGGUUUUUGUGUAGCCAAAAGAGCUGUGAGACGGACCAGGACAGUUCUUGACGGACACCACCAGUAGCAUUGCCUCUCAUUUUCUUUUGGGCUGCACCAGCUUCUGAAGUACCACUAUUCACUGUGUGCAGAGCAUCACAGCUGCUGUGUGCGUGUGCAUUUUACAGGAAUAUUGAGCACCAGUCACAUCCCAUUGAGUGAGCAUAGCGCUGUUUAUUCCAACUCUCCCCCCAAACCAAUUCCAGAGAGAAAUGCCUAAAGGUGGCUUCCAGUUGCUGUGCAACUUUAUUGUUAUUUGUUCACAGUCAGAUUUUUUUUAGAUUAGAUUACUUACAGUGUGGAAACAGGCCCUUCGGCCCAACAAGUCCACACCGACCCGCCGAAGCGCAACCCACCCAUACCCCUACAUUUACCCCAUUACCUAACACUACAGGCAAUUUAGCAUGGCCAAUUCACCUAACCUGCACAUUUUUUUUGGAUUGUGGGAGGAAACCAGAGUACCCGGAGGAAACCCACGCAGACACAGGGAGAAUGUGCAAACUCCACACAGUCAGUUGCCUGAGUCAGGAAUUGAACCCAGGUCUCUGGCGCUGUGAGGCAGCAGUGCUAACCACUGUGCCACCGUGCCGCCCUUACAAGAUUUAUGGAAUCUUGUUGAAUGCCAUGUGCAACCUUUAGACAGACCUGCAAACACUGCGACAUCCACCAAGUUAGUUACCGUCUCACAACAUUUAACCAGGUUUUCUUGACCUGACUUACUCUUUACAAACACAAAUUGGAUUGCUCUCAUUUCUCAUUGGUCCAAUUAUGCACAUUCACCCUGCCCCAAACACAAUACAUUCAAAUAGAAUACAAAGUUUUAAAUUCUUAGUUUUUCACCUUUCCUUAAAUUAUGAAGUGCCUUUUGCAAUUUUCCAACCUACGGGAACAAUCCCAGAAUUGAGAGAGCUUUGGAAGGUCAUAACUCUCUGGAAUAUGUGCAGCUUCCUCAGUUUCUUGUUUUACGAUUGAGAAAGGGGAUGUAUGAAGGGGUUUACUGAUAAAGGUAACAGUUCCACUGAUUACAGAAGUGAGUCAACACAGUAACAAUGCAGAGACCUAAUCCGGUUUAUAUUUAAACAGAAAGGGAUAAGUCACUUAGCCAGAACUUAGUCUGAAAAUGAUCUGAUGUAACAAGGAGGAAGAUAGUCUCAUGUGCAUAGAGAAGAACCAUUGCAGUAGGUAGUGUGAGCUUCUGCAGUGAAAGUCAGGAAAUGUUUCUUUAUUAAAGGUAGGGACUCUUAUUUUGGACCCUUCUGUAUUAUAGUGCUACACUUCUGAUAGCUCAUUUUUGGUAUUACAAGCUCAUAAAAUAUGGAAUGCUUCUAUUAAAGAUGCCUUUAUAAAUGUU